AUAUAAUAAAAAUAAAAUAAAAUAUAUACGGUAUAUGAAAGAAGGAUGGUCUAGGGUAGGGAUAGGAAUCGCAUUGAGAUGUAUCAUAACAGGGCGAUUCCUCAAUGGGAGACCCGUCCCUCUAGAAACCCAAAUAUUUCUAGACUUGCAUUUAACCCCUUCAGUUCCAUACUUUCAAAUUCAUAGAUCCUCUGUGUUUCUAUCUUCGACAUCCUCGACAGAUAGCUCCCACCCCGCCAAUCUGCCUUCAGUCUGAAUACCAACAAAUGUCAGACUAGCCGUUAUGUAUUAUGUACCUGUGUAAAGUGUAAGGAUAGAGGGUGUUUCAGAAACCCUUUUUUUAAUAUUAUUUAUGUGUUCCGCUAUCCUUACUUUCAAUAAUCGUUUUUUUCUUCCCACAUAUUGUCUUACACCCACAUUCCAGUACAUAAAUGACCCCCUUUGAACUGAUAUAAGCUCAUUAAUUUCCCAUUUAAACGAGCCAGAGGUCGAGCCUCAAUGGAAGAAACCUUUUGUGGUUAACCAGGUAGAUGAAAUUGUUCUCCCAUUUGUUUUUUUCACUGUAGGUGCUACCGCUAUAUCAAGAUUUGGGGUUUUAGUGUAUACUAUCAAAGGUCUGUCUGGUAGUAUAUUCCCUAUUAAUUUAUCCUGCUUAAUUAGAUGCCAGUGUCUAGAAAAAAUCUUUUCAACCUGUUUGUAUUCUUUAUUGAAAGGUAAUAUAAUUUUUGUCUGUUGUCCCUCCAUUUUAAUUUUAUUUUCUCUGGGUUCAAAAAAGGUGUUUCUGUCCAUCCUACUAACAUAUUCUAAUGAUUUUUUGAUUGUCUAUAGAGGGUAUUCUUUCUCUAAGAAUUGUGCUGUUAAUGUCUGUUAAUUGGACUUCCUCCGUACAAUUACGCUUUAACCGUCUAAAUUGUCCAGUGGGAACAUUAAUCAACCACCGAGAAGGACUAUAACUACCAGCAGACCUCUUUGUGAUCCAUCAGCAGCCAACUGUGAUCCUGUGAUCCAGCGCCAGAUACUGGACUUAACAGCUACGUCCUCCUGGCCACUCUGCAACCUCCCGUCCGAAGCCAGGGCAAACUCCAACUUGCGGGACAUACCGGGAUCGAGUGCACCUGAGGUCAGCUGACCUGCAAUCAGCUAACCGAUUUCUUCACACGCCACUACCUCUACACGCCGCUUACAUCGGGCGGUAUCCAUCUUCACGCCGAAGCGAGCAUUGUUGCCAUCUGUUGGCAGCGGUAUCAGACUGUGAGAAGAGGCUUGACUCCAUUACUGGUUGUCGCCACCUCAAGUUGAAAAGUCAUCAUCCCGUGGAGUUUUAACAUCAAGACCAGUGAACAUCUGACCAAAAGGCGGGUGUCCGUGGCAACCAGAAGCCCCUUGUAUCAAGAGAUGCCCACCCACCAGAAUCAGUCAGUGGGACGCUGUGCAAAAGUGAAGAAUUACACCCGCAUAUCAGAAGUUUCUUCUCCACAUCAAACAGGUCCAGAGCUGCUAUCAUCUGACAAGGUUUUACACCUUGUGACCUGUGAUGAGAAACUAAACUGACCGUCAUCCAUUUUGCCCGGAAUUCUUUCCUGCUCAGAUCGAUUGUCUUCAGCAUGGAGUUGAAAGUCUGGGUAGAUGGGGUCCAAAGAGUUGUCUGCGGGGUUACAGAGCAGACGUCCUGCCAAGACGUGGUCAUUGCCCUGGCCCAGGCCAUAGGUCAAACAGGACGGUAUGUGCUUAUCCAGACUCUACGGGACAAAGAAAGGCAGCUUCUGCCUCAUGAGAGACCUUUGGAGUUCUUGGCCAAAAGUGGACAAUAUGCCAAUGAUGUCCAUUUUGUAUUAAAACGCACAGGACCCAGCUUAGCUGAACGCCCCUCUUCAGACAGUGUUCCUCUUCCUCCAGAAAGAACUUUUCCCAGGUCCAGCCUGCCUCUUAAUCCUCGGGCACAUGGUACAGACGUUACAAGGUCAAAAGAGCCUAAAAAGUCUUUGACUUUUAAUCUGGGACCUAUGAGUUCAAAUGACAUUUUGCUUAAGCACAGACAGAAGCAUCAAAAUGGCACAGUUGGUAAGGACACUGCCCAUCGACAACCUACCAAAGACGAUAUAUUCAAGAUGGUACUUCAACAACAAGAGCAACUCAAAGCACUGGAGAUGCAGAACAGUUCUAUAGGCAAAGACAUUCAGACAUGGGAAAGGGGCAGAGCUGGCGGACCACAUGAGGAGGAAGAUGAGAUCGCUUACUUGGAGCGACUCAUUCGCCGAAAUGAUGCUGAGCUGGCUGAGGAGAUGUUUUGGUUAGAUGAGCUGGAAAGGGAAAGGGUGGAUGAGCAAAAAAGACAAGAGAAAAUGAAACAACUAAGAGCUACAAUGGAGGAUUACACUAUUAAAAUUAAAGAAUUAACCAAAAGGACUGAGGCCUUAGAGCAGGAAAUAAAGAAGGAGUCCUCAAAAAGACUUUCAGGCGAACCCAGCCCAGCAGAUUUUGAAGAAAUGGUGACAAAAAUGAGAAGAGAAUUGGAAUCCAAGAUUGUACAGAGCCAAGAACUGGAAAGUAAUCUGUCUAAUGUGGAAAGAGCCUGUGAGGAGGCCAGAAGGAACCUAGAGACAAGAAAUGAAGAGCUUGAGGAUCUUAACAAGGACCUUAGACAGUGCAACCUUCAGCAAUUCAUCCUUCAGACCGGCUCCACAGUCACAAAUGGCCAAGGACGACUAGACGAUGAGUCUUUUUCUGAUCAAAGUAGCCAACAAUGGGAAGUCCAGCACAGAAGUACAGGAUCCGCAGAUUCUCUUCCACGACCUGCCCCCAAUCAUCUCACAGGUCCUCCCCGAAAUCAUCUCACAGGUCAUCCACGUAAUUUGCAGAAUCCUCUUCUCUCUACCCGGAACCCUGAGGUUCUACCGUCACGGGACACUUCAUGGACUUGAAGAAUAUCCUCGAAAUGACUUGUUUUAAUAUUUUAUCUAUAUAUAUAAACUAACAUUCUUAUGUCAGAACUAUAUCUAUAUAUUAUAUGUAUAUAUCUAAUUAAUUGUUUAUAUCAUUUUGUAUUAUACAUUUCUUUUGAUACAGAUGUGUAUAAAGAGAUAUCCCUUGCUGUUUAAUAUGAAAUAUACUACAUGUAAUAGAGAAGGCGGGAAAGAGUUUCAAUACAAAAAAUGUGAAAAGAAGAGAAAAAUCUAAAUUUGCCAGGUUUAUUAAGAAUUCUGUGUAAGU